CUCGAAUCCUUCAGCAAGUGGCUGCAGCUCAAGAUCUACCAGCUCGAGGUGACCAUGAGCGUGUAUAUAUACACGCCGAUCGAGAAGUUCAUAUUUUACUCGGUCUUGUUCCUCCUCCUCUCCCUCACCUUCAUCGCCACGGUUCUGUACCUGCCCCAGCACGUGCAAUUCAUCAUCAACCGCGCCUGGUUCUACAUGCACGGCGACUCGUACGAG